AUGGACUACGACCGCUCCUUCGAUUGGACUUUUCAAUGGGACGCUGCCGGAGUUUUCAGCUGCAGUAAUGUACAUUCGUCGACAAGCGAGUUGGCAGUAGCAAACCCAGAAUCACUUGUUCUCGAUGAUGAACACGUUGAGGACUUGUCCAAGAAUAUGGCUCAAGGAGAAGAUUCGGAGAACGAAAAUGACGAGUACAUCACUGAUGAGGGCAACUUUGUCUCACAUUGGGCGUAUAAGGAAUCGCAGAACCACGAUUCUGACCACGAUGCCGACCUCAGAUUCGCCCUGAAAGGCACCAGUCCAGGAUUCUUCAGAAAUGCGACGGCCUUUUAUCGCCACACUGCAACUUUACAGGGCCAGAGGCAGCUUUCACGCUGGCCUAUGGUCAGGGCGUUGUGCGACGGUCUUCAGCAUGCAGGCUAUCGGGUUGAGAUGGACGAUGAUGGCGACUUGUGGUAUGAUUGCGACGAUGGAGACAGAUACUUCGAUGCGUGGGAAACGCAGCCAGCCGAAGAACGCGAUGAUUGGCUCGUGGAUGUCUGCCCAAUCUGCCAGAACUUCGAUGAAUACGGGCUUGGUCAUGUCUUAGACAUUGAACAUAAGGCCAUUGAAAAGGUACGAGAGUAUCGUAGGCAGGUGCAAGAAGGGAAAAGGAAAUAUUUCUGA